AUGAGGCCACCUCCGAUACCAGACGCGGUUCGCAUAGUCGAAGUCUCCCCGCGCGACGGCCUACAAAAUAUCCCGCACCAAAUCCCAACAUCUACAAAGGUCGAGCUGAUAUCUCGUCUCUCCCGGACAGGUGUCCACAGCAUCGAGCUCACAUCGAUUGUUUCGCCGCGCGCAGUUCCGCAAUUAGCGGAUUGCCGGGGGUUACUGAGGAGUGACGCUGUUAGGCAUCUACAGCGGCGGAGGGCCGUCGAUGGCAAGGAUGAGGCUAAGGGUGGAAGUGAUGGGGCGGAUGCGGAUGCGAAUACAGAUACAGAUGCGGGUGUCUUGAGACUACCAGUCCUCGUGCCGAACGUCAAAGGGUUAGAAAUUGCGCUUGCGCAUGGUGUCGACGAGGUUGCAGUGUUCGUAAGUGCUACAGAAGGGUUCAGCCGCGCGAAUAUAAACUGUUCUGUUGAAGAGGGCCUGGAACGGGCCGUCGAAGUUGCGAGGAUAGCAAGGAAGAAGGGGGUUGCUGUGCGCGGAUACAUCUCCUCAAUCUUUACCGACCCCAUCACCAACUCCCCCACACCAUUCUCCUCAGUCCACAAGUGCACAACGACCCUCCUCGCCGCCGGAGUUUACGAAGUUUCUCUCGGCGACACAACAGGGACAGGGACCCCGUCUCUCGUGCGCUCGUUGCUAACCUACCUCACCACACACGAGGUCCCCGUCCCCGUGCCCAAGCUCGGAGGCCACUUCCACGAUAGUCAUGGACGGGGCCUGGAGAAUGUCUGGGAGGCGUAUCUGUGUGGAGUUCGCGUAUAUGAUAGUAGUGUUGCUGGGCUCGGUGGGUGCCCGUUUGCGCCGGGAGCGAAGGGGAAUGUUGCGACGGAGGAGGUUGUGGGGAUGUUUGAGGGGAGGGGGGUGAGGACUGGUGUUGAUGCCCGAGUUUUGGGGGAGGUGGCGAGGUGGGUGAAGAGAGAGGUUUCGGAAGGAGGGGAGUCUGACGUUGAGAGAGAGGAGAAAGAGCGAGAGAAAGGAAGAGGUUUGGGUUACGGCCAGGCUAAUUUAGAUACUAAUGGUGCCCUGAGUCGUCCAAGUCGCAGUCCAGUACGAUCUCGGAUUCCUACGAGUUGGACCGCUUGUGGGUUUGUUAGACCCGUGGUGUAUGAUUGA